AUGGACGUCCACCGCUCCCGUUUCGUUCCCUACCCAAGCUCCGCCAUCACCGCCGUCGCUUUCUCUCGCUCCAGCAACGAUGGCCUGCAACCAGGACAACCGCAACCGGCGCUGAAACUCGCGAUCGGCCGCUCGAACGGGCAGAUUGAGAUAUGGAAUCCCCAGGGAGGGAAGUGGUGUCAAGAGACGAUUUUCCCCGGAGGACACAAGAGCAUCGAUGGGCUGGUGUGGACACGCGAGGCGGAUGAGAAAGAUGCGGAGGGACAGAUUGUGCUUGGGCAGCAUCGGCUGUUCAGUAUUGCGUCUUCGCCGGAUGUGACGGAGUGGGAUCUGGAGCGGGGAGAGGUGAAGAGGAAGUCGACGGGGAAUUUCAGUGAGGUUUGGUGUUUUGCUGCGCAGCCUAGGGCGUCGAAGGAGGGUGCUUCGCAAGAGAUUGUGGCGGGUUGUGGAAAUGGGGCGAUUGUGCUUCUGACCACGGAAGACAGUGAUUUGCAGUUCAAGAAGUUUGUGGCGAGAGUGAGCGGGAAGAAGGCACAAUGCAUGAGCAUCACCUAUCAGACUCCGACUCGUGUCGUUGCUGGGUUUGGAGACAGUUCAAUUCGUGUUUUCGACACACGCAAUGGGUCGGUGGUGCGAUCUAUGAGUGUUGGCGCUGGAGUUCCUGGUGCACCCAAGAACUCGAUUGUCUGGCAGGUGAAGUGUCUUCCAAAUGGAGAUAUUGUAUCUGGCGACUCGAAUGGCGAGAUUGUCUUCUGGGAUGCGAGGUCAUGUUCUCUUUCACAGCGUAUCAAGGGCCACGACUCGGAAUGCUUGGAUUUGAUCGCGAGCGCCGACGGCAAGACUAUCAUUUCUGGCAGCCUGGAUGGAAGACUGGCCGUGUUUCGCCAGAGCAUGAACAUGGGCGGCAGAAUGAGGUGGGCGAAGAGUCACCACAGAAGAACGCACGAGGGAGAAAUCAAGUCCAUGUCCGCGUUUGACAGUGACGGUCUCAGCGUGGUGGUGUCCGGAGGACCUGACCUUGUGCCGGUCGUCACACCAUUACGAGAGAACGGGAAAGAGAACUACAAAACACUACCGGAACUCCCACAGCAACCUCACCUUGUGAGUGCACGCCAUGCCAGGCUUCUAGUGAGCUGGUACGAGAACACGAUCAGCGUAUGGCGAAUCGCUCGCAAACCUGCCGUGGAUCCAGCUCAGGAGCCUCUGCAAUCACGAAAGCUGGUGGCCAAGAUUGUGCUGCAUGGCCAGUCCACCAUUCGAAGCGUUUCAAUGUCCGAGGAUGGACGAGUCCUUGCUGCGUCAACUGAUGCCGAAACGAAAGUUUUCCAAUUACGAAGACGGUCAGAUGUCGAAGCGCUUGGGGUACGGAAGCUGGACAUCCCCAGCACGCUUGCUUCGUCUGGUGCUCGUUUGGUCGGAUUUUCGCCGGAUGGCAAGUGGCUCACGCUGGUAACGCUGGACAACGAGGUGUAUGUGGCUCGGCUCACUUCCAACCCAUCCAAGCCAAAGCAGGUUCAAAUCAUCAACAAGGUCGUCGAGCUGGAACGCCAACAUCGACCAAUGGCUUCUCAAUCGGCCCUUCGAAACUAUGAGCAGACCAUCACUCGGGUCGCCUUUGCUUCAGACAGCUCUGUUCUGGUAGCAAGCGACAACUCUGGCCAUCUCGACUCGUGGGUGCUCGAAGGCCAUGAAGAUCCUACUGCGCCUGCGGUCGAUGUCACCAAGGACAACUCUAAGAAAGGCGCUUCUGAAGACAGCUCUGACGAUAGUAGCGACGAUGACGAUGAGCUUUGCGUUUUCUAUGGACAGCACUGGACGGAAAAUCCUGCUGGCCAUCUCCUUCCCAACUUGGACUCCAUGCCAUUAGUACUCUCCUUUAGACCGAUGCCUUUGCAAGAUCAGCAGAACGGUGCAGUCAAUGGCAAUCCAGGGGUUCAUGCCACCAGACACAACCCUCACGCUCACUCACAUGAGCUCCCUAAAGGCCAACAUCGACUCUGGAUCAUGACAGCGAAGCACCAGAUGUACGAAUUUGAAGUCCUGACCGGCAAGCUGAACGACUGGAGCCGAGCAAACCCAACAUCGAUCCUGCCUGAAGACUUCACCAAGCUGAAAGACAGGGUCAUGGGCGCAGUGUGGGACGUAACCUCGAAACGAGAACGCCUGUGGCUAUACGGUUGCUCAUGGAUGUUCAUGUUCGACGUUUCCCCCGCCGGCCUCAGCGAACGCCCUUCAAGCAACAAGAAACGCAACGCCGAGCAAACUCGUCUCGACGCCAAGCGCCAAAAGACCAGCGGCGCAGGCAGCAAGAUGAUUUCCUCCCACAGGGAAGGUCUCCCAGAGUCCAUCAAGCGUUACGAGGACGGCGCGUGGACCGACGUGAGUCUCGACCGGGCAAUCAAGCCUGCUGACGACGAGUCCGACCAGGAUGAGGAAGUGGACGCACGGUUGAGACUUACGCGUUUGAGGGCCGCUGAUGGUGAGGACCAGCAACAAGUGGUGAAGAGUGAGUCACAAUCAUCGCAUCGGCCUUGGUGGUGCACGUUCAAGUACCGGCAUAUACUGGGUGUGGUGCCUUUGGUGGAUGAUGCGUCGGUGGAUGACGAGAGGCCGCUUGAGGUUGCGGUGGUGGAGAGACCGCCGUGGGAGGCGUUGAAGGCUGAGAAGUAG